GCUCUGUGCGCGCUAGUUCAUCCCUGCGACAUAACAACAUAUUACGCAUUCGUCAUAAUAAUAUUAUACUUACAACACAAUCAUAUUAUUGUCGUUUUACAUCACGUAUUUGAAUAUUACCGACGAUCCAAUUAAUAAUGGAUAGAAUACCACCACAAUAUGACUACUAUAACACCACUGAUGAACCAUGGCUGUCUGAUAAUAUGCCAAUUACAAAUGAAAGUUCUUCAGGAUCUGGUGAAUUGUAUUCCACAUUUACCACGCCAGUUUCUCCAAUUGAACGAUCUACAAGCUUGAAUGCGACUAAAUUAAUGGACAAAUUAAAUGAACAAUGCUCCAAAGAACGAAACAAGUGCGAGAACUAUGUUUUUCCAUCUUCGUCGAGUAUGAGUUUCACCGACGCGGAUAGUUUACACCCGCUAUCGGCUCAUUCAAGGUUCCAGUUAUCCGACAUGCCAAUAGAGCUGCAGCCGGAAAAAUCAUUGAAAAAACGUUCGUGGUUCUUUUUGGCUUGGGUCACUAGUCUGGACUUCAUCAUCGAACCUCAGAGCUUUUGUUACGUGGCUUGGUUAAGCCUAGUGACCAUGUGCUACCUGUAUAACUGUUGGGUAAUACCGUUGCGUAUAACAUUUCCUUAUCAGACGCCGGAGAACCUAUGGAAGUGGAUGUUGCUAGACUAUUGCACGGACGCAAUAAAUUUGCUGGACACAUUUGUGAUCAAACCACGAAUCAUGUACCUUAAGGACGGGUUUUGGGUGCGUGACCUGAAACUCAUCGAAGUCAACUAUUUGGAAAAACUUCAAUCGAAAUUGGACAUAAUUUCCCUUCUGCCGGCUGACUUGAUAUGUAUAACACCAGGGUUAACUUCAGAAAUGUUACCUUUGAUGAGACUAAAUCGAAUAAUUAAGAUUCAGACGUUUUGGGAAUUCUUCGACCAUUUUGAUAGCGUUCUAUCGUCACCGUAUGUAGUCCGAGUAACAAGAACAUUGACGUACAUGGUCUACUUAGUGCAUCUAAAUGCUUGUGCGUAUUACUAUGUUUCGGUUAAAGAAGGGCUUGCUACGAACAACUGGGUGUUCAACGGUCAGGGGAACGCGUAUAUACGCUGUUUUUUCUUCGCCACCAAAACAGCAACUUCCAUCGGGAAAAAUCCACAUCCGGAAAACGAAGCUGAAUACUUGUUCAUGACUGCUAGCUGGCUGAUGGGCGUUUUCGUGUUUGCGAUUUUAAUCGGACAGAUACGUGACAUAAUAGCGACGGCCACUAGAUCUCAAACCGAAUACAGGAAACUUCAAGACGAAACGUUAGAAUAUUUGAGGAAAUUAAACAUACCUCCACGAAUACGACAACGGGUGGAACAAUGGUUUUCGUUCACUUGGGAACAGCAAAGAACUUUAGAUGAAAAUCGUAUUUUGGACUCUCUGCCACAUAAAAUGAAAACCGACGUAGCCAUCAACGUGCACAUGAAGACGUUGAACAAGGUACAGUUGUUCAAAGACUGUGACAAAGCAUUAUUGCGAGAGUUGGUGUUAAAACUGCGACCGAUAUUGUACUUGCCAGGAGAUUAUAUAUGCCGCAAAGGCGAGGUCGGCAAAGAGAUGUACAUUGUGAAAACCGGCCAAGUGCAAGUAGUCGGAGGUGAAAACGACGACGAAGUAUUAGCCACACUCACGGAAGGAUCGGUGUUCGGCGAAAUCAGCUUGUUGAGUCUAUGUGGUACUAACCGGAGAACGGCAGACGUCAGAUCUCAUGGGUUUUCCAAUAUUUUUGUUCUAAGCAAAGAAGAUCUUAACGAAGCCAUCAAGUUUUACCCGAACGCACAAGAAAUACUUAAACGCAAAGCGAGGGAGCUGAUUCAACAAAAUGCAGCAAGAGAACACAGGCAAAUACCCAAUGAACUACUAGACGAACAAUACGGAAACAGCACGGAAAACUUGAUGCGAGUUUUAUAAAUCUACUCAUGUCUAAAAUAUUUGAUCAUCGAACAUCUUCAACUAUUCUAAAUAGAUAAACAUUAUUUCCAUGAUUAUAAUAUAUUUACACUACAUGUCUACAUCGCAAUAUAAGAAUAUAAGCAAAACUCGAUAUUUAGGUAUAUCAAUUAUAUCUAUAAUAUCAUAAGUAUUAUGUAUUAUGUACCUAUACAUAAUGUAUCAGUGGCGUCCCUAGAACCAUUUGUACGAAAGGGACUAUAAAGUAUUAACUCAGAUUUUACAUGAUAUAGUUUUAAAUUACUUAUUGUAAAAUAAUAUAUAUUUAUUUUUAUAAAUGUGUUUAAGAGCCCACGUGUGUAGUCUCCAACUUGCUAACUAAAGAAUAAAUUAUACGUUCAGAAUAGUCCAUUUUGCUCUGCUACUUAUUGACCUAUUGUCAAUUAUACAAUUUAAAUAAGUUAGAAUAUUGUUUUGGGCCCUCUGUUGGCUUAUUAUAAUUUUGUAGCAAGUUAUACGAAUAUAUUAAAAUAUAAAAAAUGUCCUAAUUGAGGUUCUAAAUAUUAGACGGAGACAACACAUGCGGGUAUAUUCAACCUUUUAAGAGGUUGUAAUGAAUAUAUAACUUUAACCACCUUUAAAGCAACAAAAUAUUGUAUAAAUGUAUUAAUGAUGUAACUAUAAACUUUUUAUUAGUAAUUAUAGUAGGUAUGUAAUAAAUGCAAUAAUCAUUCAUAGGCAAUAGGUCAAUUGUAUAUAUGUAUUAAUAUUAAUUAUUAAUGUAAUCAGAAACAGUUCAGUUAGGUUCUGAUAAAUUAACUGUAAAAACUAAGAUUUUUUUUUUAAAAAGCUACAAUAAGGUAUGAGGCGUCUGCUAGAAUUUUUUAUUCUAAUAAAAUUGAGACCUUGAAUACAAUUA